GUGGCCUGUCAAUUUUGCGAAGCUCUGAGCAGAAAAUUCAAGAAUUGUUGACAAAUGCUUUGUUUGUUAUUUUAAAAUGAGUGAUUCUGACGAUGAGAAUUUUGUCACGUUUGGAGAACCUCUGGAGCCGCUGGAUGAAGAAAACUUACCUCGAAAAAAGCCAGUGGCAGUGGAAGAGCAGAUCGUGACAGAUGCUCAAGGCAGACGUAGGUUCCACGGCGCCUUCACCGGGGGGUUCUCAGCAGGAUACUUCAACACUGUGGGCACUCGAGAUGGCUGGAGACCCCAGCAAUUCAAGUCUUCGCGGAGCAGCAAAGCAGGGAGUGUCAACCAACUCCCUGAAGACUUCAUGGACGAGGAGGACACCGGUGAGUUUGGGAUAGCACCCACUGGGAUUCGAGCCUCCAGCGAGUACACUGGCUGUGGAAAGGGGACGAAGAGGGAGAGGCAGAGGGCUAACGACGGCCCCAUUCCCGGGGUUCCUGUGCUCCAGGAUUUAUUAAAGCCUGUCAGUGACACAGUUGGAGUUUCCCUGUUGAAAAAAAUGGGUUGGAAGCCUGGCCAGGGGGUGGGCCCACGAGUAACCAGAAGAGAAAAGCAGAGGACUCGUGAGAGGAAUGAUAAGAAGGUUUAUGGGUGCUCUCUACCUGCUCAAGUGUCGAAGGAUAGUACUUCAGAGAGCUCAGAUGAUGAUCAGGAAGGGAUUCUCUUUGCUCCGGAUGAUUACGAACCGUAUCGGCUAAAUCCAAAAGACAAUUACUUCGGAAUAGGCUACAGUGGCCUUGACCGCACCUCAGUCCUAGGCCACAUAAACCUCUUCGACCCCCCCACCCUCCAACUCCGCGACAAGAACAAAAAGUUCUCAAUAAAAGGCCAAGCCUUCGGCGUAGGUGCCUUCGAGGCAGACGACGAGGACAUCUACGCGCGCGACGACAUGUCGAGAUACGAUUUCACGCUGGGCCCCGAGGCCCAAAAGAAAGCCCCUCGCUCCUCCGCGUCGUCCCACCCCAAGAGCUCGCUCGAGGGUUUCGUCCCAGCGCAGAAAACUCUCCAACGAAAAAAACACUUUCCCCCUCCAGAGCUUCCAAAGGACUUUAAACCCCUCCACAGGGUGAGAAAGAGUCGGUUCUCCCCAGCUGACGAGCCCCUCCCACGAGAAUCCGCCCAAAGAAAGGGCUUAGGGCGCCACGACAUGAACGCCAACGACAGAUCAGUGAUUUUGGGGGAAUCCCCCAGUUCAGUGAAACCGAAACCAUUGGAAACCCUCGAAAAACCGCAGGGUAAGGCCUCCCCUGCUGCGAACAUAAUCUCCCGAACACUGAACCUUCAUGGACGCGAACAGUUGAAAGAACGUGAGAGCCUAGCACUGCAGCAGAGGAAAUCCUCGAGCUCGUGGCUGGACAAACUCACGACCACGAGUUUUGUGAGAGGUGGGGUGGAGGGGGCUGAGGACUCGGGAAGUCUGAAGACCUCAUCUGAAUUCAAAUCGAAUCAAGACGUUUCUAAAUCCUCCGCAAUGGACGGGGAUCUAGGGGGCGACGAUGCGAAAGCCAAUGACAGAUCAGAGAUUUUGGGGGAAUCCCCCGUUUCAGUAAAACCGAAAGCAGUAGAAACCCUCGAAAAACCGGAGGGUAAACCUUCCCUUUAUGACCGCGAUGAGCUGAAGGGGCGUGAGGCCCUCGCACUGCAGCAGAGGAAGCCCUCGACCUCGUGGCUGGACAAACUCACCACCACAAGUUUCGUGAGAGGUGGGGUCGAGGGGGCUGAGGACUCGGGAAGUCUGAAGAACUUAUCUGAAUUCAAAUCGAAUCAAGCCGGUUCCAAACCCUUCGCAAUGGACGAGGAGAAGCAGAGACGUUUUGAAAAGUAUCAAGACUUCGCCAAGAACGACGAGAAGAAUAAAUUAUCCAGUAUUCAGCCCCUCUCGAUGACCGAGUGGGAGCGAGAGCGCGAGAGAGAGGAAUUCGAGCAGGCGUUGAGACUCAGCAGAAGGCCUGCAACUUCAUCAAGUAAUGAGGUGGUACCAAAGGACCCGAUGGUAGCAGCGGCUAAAGUGAAAAUGUUUGGAAAGCUGACAAGAGCCACUGAGUCCUGGCAACCGUCGAGUAUCGUUUGUAAGCGCUUCAACAUACCCGAGCCAAAAACUGGAUGUGCAAAACCAGAGGGCAAAACCAAAAAAUACUCAGUCUUUGAGUCACUGGAUUUUUGUGGAGGAGAUACAAAGUUUCAAAAGGCAACAGACACUGCUGGUACCUACAAAGAGCCCCACAUUCCCUACAAUCCGCCGGAAGGGAAUAAAGUAGAGAGGGCUUUGGGUGGUGUACAGAUACUCGAUACAUCGGACAUUGAUACGAGGGGGAGCAAGUCGAUGGAGAAAAUAAGGGACUUUGAGGCGUCUUACGGGAAGGUCUUUGGAAAGGGUGAGGUGGCUAAGGGGGAGGGGAGCGAUGGGGGGAAGGAUGAGAAGAAGGAUCUGUUCAAGGCCAUUUUCCUCAGCAGCAGCGAGGACGAGGCGACUGAUGAGGAUGACGACGUUAAUAAUGACACUGUCAAGUCUGUGCUCAUUGGGAAGUCCAUUGGUGAAGCUAACUCACAGAGGAAUGACUCACCACCUCGAGGAAUCUUCGCCAAACUCGAUUUGGAUGAGUUGGUCAAGCCUGGUGGGAGCAAAAAAGUCAUGAGUACGAGUGAUACUGAAACACGAAAAUUUGAGGGGUCGGUGGGGGGUGAUGAGGGGGGGAGUGGAGAUGUUGUCAACGAAGUGGCUCAAGGUGAAAUGAAAAUUUCACCGCAGACGUACGGUCCAGCUCUGCCGGCGAAAUCAAUGAGGGCAGACGAUUCUGGUAAUUCUGAAAUUGUGCAGAGACCCGUUUUUCGAAGUGUUGUCGUUACAAAAUUGGAUGGUGGGGGUAAGUCGAUCAAGUGGAUUGAGAAGAGGGUGAAGAGGGAGAGGAAGAAGAAGCAUAAGCGCAAGGAGAAGGAGAAGAGGCACAAGCAUAAAUCGAAGAAGAGUAAAGGGUGAGACUGUUUUGGAGAUGAUGAUUUAUUAAAGGACUUGAUUGUUUAUUUAUUGUGGAGAGGAGUUAUUUUAUUAAAACGUUUACCCUCUUGGUUUCGCAUCUUUGGGGCUGGGUUAUGUAUUUCAAGGGGUUUUCUGGCGUCUUAUUUCGUCGGAUU